AUGGCAAAAAGCAUUCCUUACAUGACAAACCACUCGUAUGACUCGGAUCUAGAUAGAUCCGAGGCAUACGAAUCUAUCUAUCUAUCUAUCUAUCUAUCUAUCUAUCUAUCUAUCUAUCUAUCUAUCGUUUGUUUGCGUCUGUCUCUCUGUCUCUCUAUCUAUCUAUCGUUUGUUUGCGUCUGUCUCUCUGUCUCUCUAUCUAUCUAUCGUUUGUUUGCGUCUGUCUCUCUGUCUAUCUAUCUAUCUAUCCUUUGUUUGCGUCUGUCUCUCUGUCUAUCUAUCUAUCUAUCUAUCGUUUGUUUUCGUCUGUCUCUCUAUCUAUCUAUCUAUCGUUUGUUUGCGUCUGUCUCUCUGUCUCUCUAUCUAUCUAUCGUUUGUUUGCGUCUGUCUCUCUGUCUCUCUAUCUAUCUAUCGUUUGUUUGCGUCUGUCUCUCUGUCUAUCUAUCUAUCUAUCUAUCGUUUGUUUGCGUCUGUCUCUCUGUCUCUCUAUCUAUCGUUUGUUUGCGUCUGUCUCUCUGUCUCUCUAUCUAUCGUUUGUUUGCGUCUGUCUCUCUGUCUCUCUAUCUAUCGUUUGUUUGCGUCUGUCUCUCUGUCUCUCUAUCUAUCGUUUGUUUGCGUCUGUCUCUCUGUCUCUAUCUAUCGUUUGUUUGCGUCUGUCUCUCUGUCUCUCUAUCUAUCGUUUGUUUGCGUCUGUCUCUCUGUCUCUCUAUCUAUCGUUUGUUUGCGUCUGUCUCUCUGUCUCUCUAUCUAUCGUUUGUUUGCGUCUGUCUCUCUGUCUCUCUAUCUAUCUAUCUAUCGUUUGUUUGCGUCUGUCUCUCUAUCUAUCUAUCGUUUGUUUGCGUCUGUCUCUCUCUCUCUCUCUCUGUCUAUCUACAGUUUGUUUGCGUCUGUCUCUCUGCCUAUCUACAGUUUGUUUGCGUCUGUCUCUCUGUCUAUCUAUCUAUUGACAGUGUCUAUCUGUCUAUUAACAAUUUUUCAUCUAUCUAUCUUUCUAUCUAUCUAUUGACAGUUUAUUUAUGUCUAUCUGCCUGUCUAUCUAUCUAUCUACUGCCAAUUUGUUUUCAUCUAUCUAUCUAUCGGCAAAGCGUUCCUAAGAUUAUUUUCAUAUGUGAACUUAUCUUCUUCAUAUAUGAACUUAUCUUCGUCAGGCGUGUUUAG